AUGUCCAUUCCAGUGCAAGGCGCGUUUGUGCACGGCGCCGGGGCGGAGGAGGAGCGUUGCCGCCUGCACGUUGUGCUUGCGCAGGUCUACCCCAACACCUCGACGGAAGGCGUGAUUGGCGAUGUGCUGCCCAAGCUCGCUGCGCUGACCAAAGAGGCUGCAGUGCACGGGGCCGAUGUUAUCGUCUUCCCCGAGUACUUUCUCACCGGCGCGACGCACGGCGCGUGGCACAGUGUGCGAAAGUGUGCGGCGCUGGAAGGCCACGAUGUCGCACCGUGGGUGAGCGAGGUGGCGGACAUUGCAAAAGAGAACAACAUCGCGAUCGUGACCGGCUCGGCGGUGCAGCACCGUGCUUUUGGCACUGCCGAGGAGCCGGCGCGUGGACUGUACAAUACGACCUACUUUCUGGACCGCACCGGCACAGUAUGCGGCAUAUAUACCAAGCGCAAUCUGUGGCAUGCCGAGCGCCCCGUGCUUACGGCUGCGACGGACGAUAGUCACCCGAUGGACGAGCAGCCGUCGCUCUUUGUCUUUGAGACGGCGCGUGGUUUUUCGGUGCGCGCGUCGAUGGUCAUGUGCUGGGACCUAAUGUUCCCGGAAGCCUUUCGGCGUAUGACCGCGCCGCCGAGCGAGGUGACCGAGUACGUCGACCUCGACAGGCCCGGGCAGUGGAUCGGCCCCGACGUCGUCUUUGCGCCGACGUGCUGGUUUGCCGACGAUUCCGGCCCCGAGGCGCUCGCAUGGAACCCGAAAUGUGAAUCUGCAUGCCUAAACGCGAUUACCGUGUGCCGUGCCAUGGAGAACGAGUGCUAUGUGCUGAUGUGCAACGCGGCCGGCCCGCCGCCGAACGCAUCGGGCCCGAUCGGGCUUGGCCUCUCGAGCUGCAACGCGCCCCUGCUCGGCUGCGCCGCGCGCGUCGAGCAUGAAAACGAGACGUUGCUGUACCACACACUCGACAUGCGCGUGCUGGCCGCCGCGCGCGACACCUUUCGCAUCCGCUACGACAUGCACGACGGUGUGCUCCGGAGCGCGGAAGAGGAUGCGGGCGAUUCGAGCUUUGUGCUAGACACGGGUAGUGCAGAUAUCCCCGAGCUUGAAGCGGAGGCGCCGCCCGAGCCCACCGAGACUAGCGGCCUGCAGCUGCCGGAGCACGUCGCGAUUGUCGCGGACGAGCCCGAGCCUACGCCGGCGGAGCCGACGGCAGACGGAGACUAUGAGCAGCUUGAUGCUGCGCCCGGGUCGCGAUACUACGAGGCGGAGGCGGCGGACGACCGCCGCCAAAAAGGCGUGUGCCCGGUGUGUGGCGAAGCUGGCCACGACAAGAAACGGUGUCCCUACCAACAGGACUGUCCCCAGCCCCGUACCGCAGGCCGCAGCCGCAUCUGCGACCGCUGCGGCAGCAUGUCGCAUCCCGAGACGAGCUGUCCCACGCUCUGGCGCAUCUACGCAUACAACACGCCGGAAGAGUACGAGCACCGGCGGGCGAAGCGCGCACGACACCUCGAGCGCCGCGCCGAACGCAAGGCCGAGCGCACGCAGCGCCGCGAAAAGAACCGCGCAGGCUGGGCCGCGGCGCUGGUCGAGCCGAGCGACGAGAGCGGCCCGAGCGACGAGAGCGACUCGGACGCAUCCGACGACGAUGCGCCGCCGCCCGAGUGGGACCCGUCACUAAAGUGGUGCUACAACUGCGCCGCGUCCGGGCACCACUGGGGCGACGACUGUUUCCUGCGCCGCACGAAUCCGACGCGCCCGACCGGCGAUCCCUCGCCAUUUAGCGAGGCGCUCGCGUCGUCGGGCCCCUUUAGCAAGCCCCGCAAGGACUUACCGGUACGCGGCACGCCCGUCGCGGUGCCCCCCGCACGGCGGCGGCGAAGCGACGGCGCAUUCCUUCCUCGCCCCUCGCUCCUGGAAGAUAUGGAGCGUGAUGACGACUCCGACUGGUUUGCACGCCGCCAGGCCCUACGGCGCCCUCCUGUGGACUAUGAUUCCCCCGCCCGUGGCCGGACCUACGACUCACCUCGCCGCCCCGACACGCCGCGGGGCCGCGAUCCACGCCGGCCCCCCACGCCCGGCCGGGGCAAGCCGCCCGGGCGGAGCGCGAGCCGUCCCCGCUCGAGCUCGCCGCCCCCCCGGCGCGUGCGGCGCGGCAAGGGCCACCGCCGCGACCAGGAUGCCCCGAGCCCCUUUCGGCCCCAGUACCGUGGGGGCUAUUCGUAG